GACGAACGGGAAAGAAAGGAGUCGAGGAAAGGAGGGGGAAAAAAAGGAAAAACUCGAGCCGAGCAGCGGCAGCAGCAGCAGCAGCCAGCGCGCGGCCGGUGCGAGCCGGCUCAUGCUUUACGCGGAGCUCCUCCUGAGUCCAUGUUUGUUUUUUUCUUUUGUGUUUUUCUUUAUUUUUGUUAAGUAGAGGAGAUGAGGGGACUCCUGUCGUUGUACCGGGGCCUGUACACCCUGAGUAACCGUCAAGCCAGGCGAAAAGCUGGGAUUGUCGGUUCUCGGUGCGGGCUUUGCGGAACUCAGUCAAAUAGCAAGCCUCAGCCAAGCUUUGGACUGUUGUUCGACAUCGAUGGCGUGCUGGUCCGUGGACGGAUGCCAAUCCCUGCUGCAAAAAAAGCAUUCGAGAAGUUGGUGGACUCUCAGGGACAAUUUGUGGUGCCAGUUGUUUUUGUCACAAACGCAGGGAAUUGCCUCAGACAAACAAAAGCAGACCAGCUCUCUCACAUCCUGGGAGUGCCUAUUACACAAGACCAAGUCAUCAUGUCCCAUAGUCCCCUGAGGAUGUUCAAGAAGUUCCACGACAAGUGUGUCCUGGUGUCAGGACAGGGACCCGUCCUGGAAAUUGCAAAAAAUCUGGGGUUUAAUAAUGUCGUCAGUAUUGAUAUGCUGAGGGAAUCGUACCCGUUACUGGACAUGGUGGAUCACAACAGGAGACCCAAACUCCCGUCUAAUCCCAUCAUCACCCACUCCAAGAUUGAAGCCGUUAUUUUGUUCGGGGAGCCAAUUCGAUGGGAGACCAAUCUGCAGCUGAUAACUGAUAUUUUGCUGACUGACGGUAACCUCAACAGUGGGCAUCAAAGCCAAAAGACGGGCCACCUUCCUCUUCUGGCCUGCAACAUGGACCUCAUGUGGAUGGCCGAGGCACAUUCUCCACGGUUCGGUCAUGGGACGUUUCUCGUGUGCCUCGAGAACAUCUAUAAGAAGAUAACAGGCAAAGACCUGAAGUACGAGGCUCUCAUGGGGAAACCCAGCGAGUUGACCUACCACUUUGCAGAGUACCUCAUCAGGAGCCAGGCCAUGCAGAGGCAGUGGAAGCUCCCCAUCACUACCCUUUAUGCCAUAGGGGAUAACCUCAUGACUGAUAUCUACGGCGCCAAUCUCUACAACUGCUACCUGGAGGAGAAAGUUGCGAGGAAGAACCCUAAAGCCAUGGCCAAGCUGGUGACCGCCACUGGGUCCACCACCGCCGUGCCAAGAGAGGAGGAGAUCGACAGCCUGUGGGAAAGCGAGUUAGCCAUGCCGUCUGCGACGUCCUGUAAGUCCAUCCUGGUCUGCACGGGGGUCUACAAUCCCAAAGCAGAGGUGCCAACCGAUGCGAAUGACUGCAUCAAAGAGACCGUGUUCCACGGUCACCGGGACUUCAGGUUCGACCCGGCGCUGGUGGAGCCGGGCCACAUAGUGCAGGACGUGGCAGAAGCUGUCGACCUCAUCUUUCGGCAGGAAAAGUUUGUGCCUCAGUAGAGUUGGAAGCCGACGGGUUGGAGCUGGUCAGGGGGGCGGGCCAGUCGGGGCAUUAAACUUGGGAGGACCACUUUAGUGCAUGAACCUGUAGGAGCCUAACACUGUGGACUUUUACCAACUGACAGGGCAUUGACGAAAUACAGGUCCCCUUUUUGAAAUUUCAAUUUGAAGAGAAACUUUAGAAAAUCUGAAACAUGUAACUGUUACUAUCAUCUGCUCUUUUCUAUUGUUUUGUGAUAGUUUUUAUUUACCUGUUUUCGUUAAGGAACCUUGUAAUACCUUUGCCUUAUUUGACCCAGCUAAGUAUUUUUUUUAGAUGACAGUAAUGUUUUAGAUUGUUACAAAUCCCAAUACCACCCUAUAUUUAUUACAAAAAAACUUGCCGGUGUUUUAAAGGAGCGUAUUCAAGAAGCAUCUGAUGUUUUUUUUUUUUCUCAAGGUGACCUUUAAUAGGUCACCUUUAAUACGUGCAUUUUCAAUUGUUUGUUUACCUGUUUAUCCUUGAAAAUCUAUGCAUGAACAUGAGUAAUGUAUGUACUGUAAGACAACUGUUUGAUGUGCAAUAUUGUUCCUUGGUAGUACCGUCUGUCUGCAUUUUGUCUUGUUGUGACAGACGUGACCAGUAUUUGCACAGAGCAGAGACUUUCAUCCUCGUUAAGUGUUAACAUAUCUUCCUGCCAUAUCCUGUUCGUGAUGAUUUAGAAAUUCCUGCUUUUGCAUCUGAAAUUUUUAUUUCUGAAAUAAAUGCUAAUAACUAGAACUUUAUUUAGAAACCAAAAUCUUACCUGUACAUCUGUAAAAGGUCACUCACUGCAAAUACCAUGCAAAAAUAUAAGG